AUGGAGGAAGAAGAAUAUGAACUGAUUCCCCAGAAUGACCCUUCAAGAGAACUAUCCCAGGAUCCUAUAGGACAGCUGUCAAGCAGUAGAAGAGAGAAAGACCAGACGCCAAGGAGACUGCGGCUCCCGCUGGUGGGGAAAACAGGAAGUGGGAAAAACGCGACCGGAAACAGCAUCCUGGGCAGGAACGGGUUUGAGGCUAAGCUGAGUGCCAGGCCGGUGACCCAGGCGGUCCGGAGCAGGAGCCGCCAGUGGGCCGGGACGGAGCUUGAGGUGAUCAACAUGCCCGGCAUCCGGGCUGGGGCGGUAUGCCGGGCCCUGGCCGCGUCCGCCCCGGGGCCGCACGCUGCGCUGCUGGUGAUGCAGCUGGGCCGCUUCUCUGAUGAGGACCUGCGGGCCGUGCAGCUCCUGCAGGAGGUCUUCGGGGAGGGCGUCCUGGUUCACACCGUUCUGGUGUUCACCCACGUGGAAGACCUGGACGGGGACUCCCUGGGGAAGUACCUGCGGGAGACAGAAAACGAGGGCCUGGCCUGGCUGGACGCCGUGUGCUCGCGGCGCCACUGUGGCUUCAGCAACCGGGCAGCGGCCUCCGAGCAGGAGGCCCAGCUGCGGGAGCUCAUGGCUGAGGUUGAGGCGAUCCUGUGGGAAAACGAGGGCUGCUGCUACAGCCACCGGGCUUCCCCGUAUGUCCAACAAAGGUUCGAACUCAAAGAAACACAGCAAAGACAGAGCACCAAGGGGCAAGGCUCAGAGGAAGUGGUCUGCCAGGAGGAGUCAGAAAAUUUGCCAGCACCUGACCCUUUGAGCCUAUGCAGGAUUUGA